AUGGCCGAAGACAAGAAAAACUUUGUGUACGCCCAGGAAGAGCCCUUCCAGGGAGACGGCACCACCCACUCGUUCGAAACCUCGUCCGAGUCCCACAAGGCGUCCAGCGCCAGCAGCGCGUCCGGAUGGCAGAACUUCAAAGACGGCUUCAAGCGCGUCAAGCUCGAGGAGAUGGAUCCCAGCCUCACCACCGCGCAGAAAAUCGCCAUCGCCACGGCCCGUUCCCCGCUGCAGCGCCACUUGAAGGGACGGCAUUUGCAGAUGAUCGCCAUUGGCGGUGCCAUCGGAACCGGGCUGUUUGUGGGAUCCGGAACCGCGCUCAGAACCGCAGGCCCUGCCGGGAUUCUGAUCGGCUGGGGUUUGAUCGGCACCAUGAUCUACUGUGUGGUGAUGAGUGUGGGUGAAAUGGCGGUUGCGUACCCGGUUUCCGGCGGGUUCACCACGUAUGCGACGCGUUUCUUGGACGAGUCGCUGGGUUUCGCCGCCAACUACAACUACAUGUUGCAGUGGCUGGUGGUGCUGCCCUUGGAAAUCGUGUCUGCGUCCAUCACCGUCAACUACUGGGGCACGCCCGCCAAGUAUCGCGACGGGUUUGUGGCUUUGUUCUACGUGGUCAUCGUGGCCAUCAAUAUGUUUGGUGUCAAGGGCUACGGCGAAGCGGAGUUUGUCUUUUCCAUCAUCAAAGUCGUCACUGUCAUUGGCUUCAUCAUCCUGGGGGUUGUGCUGGUGUGCGGCGGCGGGCCGGUCGGAGGCUACAUCGGAGGCUCCAACUGGACCAGCCCGGGCGCCUUCACCGGUCACACUGCGGGUCAGCGUUUCAAAGGUGUGUGUACCGUGUUUGUCACUGCGGCGUUCUCGUUCUCGGGUUCCGAAUUGGUCGGGCUCGCGUCUGCCGAAACCGCGGACCCUAGAAAAUCCUUGCCCCGUGCCGCCAAACAAGUAUUCUGGAGAAUCACGCUAUUUUACCUCAUUUCGCUGUGUCUCAUUGGCCUCCUGGUGCCUUACAACGAUUCCCGUUUGAUUGGCGCUUCCUCUGUAGACGCUGCUGCUUCUCCUUUUGUGAUUGCCAUUACAUCCCACGGAAUCAAAGGGUUGCCAAGUGUGGUCAACGUGGUCAUUUUGAUCGCGGUGCUUUCCGUCGGUAACUGUGCCGUUUUUGCCUCCUCCAGAACCAUGGCUGCUUUGGCCGAACAAGGUUCCAUGCCUCAGAUUUUCGGUUACAUCGACAGAAAGGGUAGACCACUGGUUGGUAUUAUCGUUACCUGCAUUUUUGGUCUAUUGGCUUUCCUCGCUCAAUCCGAAAAGGAAGGCGAAGUUUUCAACUGGCUAUUAGCCCUAUCGGGACUGUCCUCUUUCUACUCAUGGCUCGCCAUUUGCGUCUGUCAUUUGAGAUUCAGAAGAGCCUUGACUGUCCAAGGCAGAUCCACAGAUGAGUUGGCCUUUACCUCUACCGUAGGUGUCUGGGGAUCCGUUUACGGUGCUGGUCUAAUCGUAAUUGUUCUAAUUGCUCAAUUCUGGAUUGCCGUGUGGCCUUUGGGCGAUUCAUCCAGUGCUGCCAACUUCUUCGAAGCCUACUUGUCUUUCCCUGUUCUUAUUGCAUUCUACGUCUUCCAUAAGCUAUGGAAGAGAAACUGGAAAUUCAUGAUCAGAGCCAAGGACAUUGACAUCGACACCGGUAGAAGAGUCGUCGACAUCGAUAUUCUAAGACAAGAAGUCGCAGAAGAAAGAGCCAUGAUGGCCGCGAAGCCCUUCUGGUACAGAACGUGGUAUUUCUGGUGUUAA